AUGGGCAACACAUGGAGUAUGCUGUUCCCUCCCGCGCCCCAAUUCACAGAAGCCAAUCUAUCCGACCUAUCCGGGAAAGUUUACAUCGUAACCGGGUCCUCCGCCGGCUUAGGCAAAGAACUAGCCCGCAUCCUCUACUCGCACAACGGCAUUGUCUACCUCGCCACACGGAACGCCGAGAAGACAGAGGGUGUAAAAACCUGGAUCAAAGAACAGCAUCCAGACUCCAAAGGCCAGCUACACUACCUCCACCUCGAUCUCAACGACCUCGAGGGGAUAAAAGCUUCGGCUGAGUCCUUCCUCGCAAAAGAAGAUAGGCUCGAUGUCUUAUUCAACAACGCAGGCAUUAUGGGGGAUUACAAGGGAAGAAAGACGAAACAGGGGCAUGAGAUGCACCUCGGCACGAAUUGCGUGGGCCCGUUUCUAUUUACCAAAUUGCUGACGCCGCGGCUGGUGGAGACUGCGAAGAAAGAGGGACAAGAAAAGGGGAGUGUGAGGGUAGUUUGGGUAUCAUCUAGUGCGGCGCAUUGGAACGCGCCAAAGUACGGACUCGAAAUGGAUAAUCUGGACUACAGCAAGAAACAUCAGAACUUGGAUUUCAUGAAGUAUUCAAGUAGCAAAGGGGGGAAUGUACUACACGCCAUCGAGUUCCAAAGGAGAUAUGGAGCCGAGGGUGUGAUCAGUGUGUCCCUCCACCCAGGGGUCCUCAAAACGGAAAUAUUUAGAGAUUCGCCGAAAUGGAAAUCUGCAAUGCUCUACUUUAUUAUCUAUCCCACAGUGAUGGGUGCGUACACGGAGAUCUAUGCGGGCUUAUCGCCGGAUGUCGUGGGUCUCCAGUCGAAUGAGUGGAUCGUUCCUUGGGGCAGGAUGACUAAGUUGAGGAAGGAUUAUAACAGUGAGGAGGGCAUGAAGAAUGCAAAGGCAUUUUGGGAGUGGUGUGAGAAGGAGGUUGAGCCGUUUGCUUAA